AAUUCUAACCUCAAAAUGUAUGAAGAAUUUAACAAUAAUUACCAGGAUUUUCGUUAUUAUAAAAGUAAAAGUGAUGAGUGUUGUGUGAAGGAUGAGAGUAAAGAGGAGGGUCAUAUACAGCAUGUGUUGGGGCCAAGUCGGAGAUGCUUGGCGUGGGCGUGUAAGGCGUGUAAGAGGAAAACUGCGGCCGUGGACCGGAGGAAAGCGGCGACGCUUAGAGAGAGGCGAAGGCUUAGGAAAGUAAACGCUGCCUUUGAAGAGCUACGAAUCCGUGCAAGAGCCGGCAGUGGGAGAUUACCGAAGCUAGAAAUACUGAGAGCCGCCAUACAACACAUAGAGAGGCUGCAGGCUGCCCUAAGAGCUGCCGCCACGUUGGAGACAGAGGGCUGCAAGAGCUACAUGGAGCCGGUUGGGGCCCGGAGUCCGGCCAGGGAACCCAACGUUGACAGAGAGAAACCUUUCGUGAACAAUGAAGGUGGUUGUGGAGUCAAUAGUCUAGCGAGACUGCGGUGUAUCGUGCAAGCUUUAACUACGAGGGAUUCUUGACCGGACCUCACUACUCGUAUAU